AUAGGCCGGAUCGCUUCUCGUUUCCUGGACCUCCCUGUUGGGAGUUGCCGUUAGAAAACUUCCUGUGUUAGGAAGACCACAGGAAAUCAUGGUGAAAGUCCUGCGCCUGGACGCGUUGGGGAACUAAAGAGUGGCUCGUCGGCUUAGGCCAUGCGGACAACUUUCUGCUGGAGGUUGGUGAAGUUAUUCGGCGCUGCAGCUGUGCUGGUCCUGACGGCUCAGGUCGUACUGAGUACACUGAACAAAAAAACGGCAGAGACUAACACCCUUCCCGCGGAGGAGUACCGCCUCGUAGCCCCGCACACAUACCGUUACCUCCUCAACCAGCCCAAUGUUUGCAGAGACAGGAGCCCCUUCCUGGUUUUCAUGGUCCCAGUCGCAGCUCAGGACGCUGCAGCGCGGGAGGCCAUCAGGAAAACGUGGGGCGCCUCUGGUCGAGACACUCUCACUCUCUUUUAUGUGGGGAUCCCAGAGAGGGGUCAGGUGUCAGCCCUCCAGCAGGGUCUGGAGGAGGAGAGCAGGCAGCAUGCGGACAUCGUCCAGAUGAACUUUGUGGAUAAUUACCACAAUCUGACAAUCAAAACCAUGAUGAUGAUGAAGUGGCUGGCUACUCACUGCCCCGGCGCGUCCUACGCCAUGAAGGUGGACGCAGACAUCUUCGUGAAUGUCUUCUACCUCAUCCAACAACUGAGGAGCUCCCCCAGGAUGAACUUCAUCACAGGGUCGGUGAUCCGGGACGGCAGGCCGCGGAGGGACCCCGACAGCAAAUGGUACCUGUCAGAAGAGCUGUAUCCCGAGGACAGCUUCCCACCCUACGUGUCCGGAGCAGGCUACGUGUUCUCCGCUGAUCUGGCAGCGAGGAUCUCCUGGGCGUCCAAGUCUGUGCGGGUCAUCCCUCUGGAAGAUGUCUACGUAGGCUUGUGUUUGCGUGAGUUGGGCGUGCGGCCGGUGUACGCCUACAGCCUGCCGUUCCUCAGGAGCCUGUUCCAAAUCCAGAACCUGGAGUACGACAGGUGCACCUUUGCCAAGCUGAUCAUUGUGAACGGGUUUAAGGCAUCAAAGCUGCUGAGUGUUUGGCAGGACUUCGCCAAAGGCCACGAAAGCUGCUAACAGCAAUUACCCGAUGCUUCACUCAGGCUGAGGGGUAAACAUCAGGAGUUGGACAGCAUCAAUUAGUCAAUUGAUGAGUUGAUCAACAGAAAAAUAUUACAAUUAGAUAUCUUCUUGAAAACUGAUGUCAAGUGUUCAUUCAUCCCCAUCAGGCUCAAUAAUGAAUGUGUGGCCUGCAGUUAGCUGUUGCUUUCAUGAUCAGAAUUGCUGCAGACACUGUUUAAAAUCAACUAGUAAUAAUAAAAUGAUAAAUUUUCAUAAACUCUGGGCUGAUCAGUGUUGAUCAGUUACUCAUUUGGUAGAAAAAAAUAGCAUACAAUUUUUCUGAUAACCAGUUAAAUAUUUAAUUCAUUUCUGUGCCAAAAGUUUGAUGGUUUCACUGUGACAAAUGUUACAGUUUUACAUUUCCUUUUGCCAAAAAUGAUACUAAACUCAGUCAGACAUGGGAACUACAACUGGCAGUUUCCACUGAGUACUAUAGUUAAAAAGAAUUAUUGAAGAAAGUAAUCUAUUGUUAAACCAAUAAUAAAAACAGUUUAGUUAAGUUGUUGCCUCAAAUUUGAGAAUUGAUGAAUUCGGUGAGAAAAUAUGUUGACAAGUUGCACAAAUGAGAGAAAUUCUCCAAAGCUGUUGGUUGGAUCAGCCUGUUGGCUCCAGCUGGAUAGACAUCUGGAACAAAAUAGUGAAAUUAUUUUUAAAAAAAAAAACAAGCGAUGGCUUCAAGUGGCUUAAACAUGUUCAGGUUCCAAUGAUCAUCAAAGAGCAGAUGCAACUGAACACUGAUCAGCCCGAGGCUCCGGCAGUGAUUACCCGUCUACCUCCUUGGACUGAUAAGAGCCUCAUUAAAGCAAAGGAAAACUUGGCUUCAGUCAGUGAGUCGAGCGAGUCACUUGAAAAGGACCGGCCACCUUUCUUGUUUUGAUUUCUUUUGGGCCAAACCGAACUCAAAUCAUUGAGAAAAUAAUCAGUUUUCUGUCGUUUGACUCAUCAAUUGCCUCAACAGUACCUGAUAGUGGAACCACUGAAAGGAUUAUAUGUCACAGCUUUUGUAUUUACUGUGGUGCUUCAGCCUCUAUCACUGCUCCUCGCCUGUCCUAAAAUGUGCGUUUUUACACCAAAGGUUUUUUGAAAUGUUUCUUCAGUUAGUGCCUGAUGGGUUUAGGGUCCAUGUGUACAUGGAACCACAGUACCCAGCAAAACACUGGACCUCAUGCAAGAAUAUGUUUGCACUUUUAUCCUCAGCCUUGCUUACUUUUUCCAGGAUAUUGUGGUGAGUUGCUCAUUUAAUGGUCAUGAAUGUUGCCGCUAUGUGAAGCGGUUUGGCCUUAUAUAAUUCAAUGGGGAAAAAAAACCCCAGCAAAUAUUAAAGCUAAAGCUGCCAGCGACUUCAACAGAGCAAAGCUGUGCUGUGAAUAAAAAGACAGGAAACAGAUGCGAUGACACAUAAAUGUCUUUCUAAAGCAAAGCAGUCAAUGGCUGGUAAUACGUUCUGAGUUCAAAGGCCAUUUUUAUUUAUUUAUUUAUUUUUGGAAUCAUAUUCAGAUUCAUAUCAUAACUCGUUCCUCAGACCUGGACCAUGACUGUAGAGAAAAUUCAGCGAAUGCCAAAGAUACUUCCCCAGUUGCUCGUAUGCUGCACUUUAAUACAGGUUUGUUUGAGUGAGUGGUUCUUGCAUGAGGUUCACGAUAUUAAAGAAAAAAAAACUGCUACAUUGCACUGCUUACUGUAUACUAUAAUUCAGACUUAAAAAAAAAACCCUGCAGCUUAUUUGUCAGGGUCCUGUGCCUAUUUAUAGACCAAAUCCUCUCAAAUUGUGCCUGUCUACUCGUGUUGUAGUUAUAGAUGACGACCAGCAGGUGGCAGUAUGUACCUGAAGAUUAAAAAUGAGACUGCUGGUCGUUUAUUGACAUAUGCAGAAGCACCUUUAUCAAGAUGGUGAUAAUUGUGAAUCUUUAUAAUAUAUUUUGCCUGUGAAACAGGAGGUCACAUCCCUGUUUCUGAUUACUGCCACUUCUGCUGCUGCUCCUUUGGAGAGUUUGCCAUGCUGGAACAAACGCUGUUUCUAU